AUGAAGUCGAGAAAACUAGGCAAGCUUCGGCAUAUUUUUCGCUCGACAAAAUCUGUCGACGGUCUCUAUCCUCAGUUUCCGCCACCACCCCCUAACGUGCUCCUUUCCAACCGUCAACAUUUCACAGACCUCAUCCACCAUCGAAAGUACCUUACUCCCCCAGGAGUGCAAGAUAACCCCCUUUACUCACUCUAUCGCCUCUACGAGUACGUGAUACUGGACGAAAACACUCAUCUCCGGAACGAGAUUGAAUACUUUUGGCGGAAUCACUCAUGGGCAGUCUGCGACAUACCAGAUCCCGAGGAUGAGGACCCUGAGCGCUACGCUGUGCUUUCAUGCAUACCACAGCUACUGGUCCUAGCAUUCAACAAUAAUAUUGAACUUGGCCUGCCUAGGGAUGCACCGGCAAUCAUGACGCACGACCAAAUGGACGAGUAUCGGCGCCGGGAAAAGGUUUGGGAAAAGCCUCCAGACUGGGUGGCCAAGGUCCCUCCAGUGAAAGAAACGCUAAAGAUCCCAUAUAAAAAGCAGGUUUACGUGGAACACCCCGAGUACGUUGUUCUGGAACACCUGGAUAACCUGGAAGCUUCCGAGGUGUUUAGGGAAAAGAAUAUCCUGACCGCUCGACCGCAUAUCUAUUUUAUAUGA